AUUCCCCAUUGUUAUGAAACAAGUGCAUACAAACUUCCACCGACUUUUUUUUAUCUAAUUUUAGGUUUGUCCCUUAAACCCAGCAUCGUCGGUCUGUUGCUCUCCUCCAUCUCUCCUCAUCAUCGUCUUUUUCAUCCGUCACGUGUCCUCCCCCUUCACCGUUAACAUCUUCGUCGCCUCCGCCUCCGCUUUCCCCUCAUUUUGCUGCCGUCCCUUUGUCCAGAUCCGCGCCGCCUAAAUCCGUACUCUCACAGCACUGUAAAGCACUCAUUUAAUACCUCCAUGUGAAAGUAGAACAACCACUCUGGAAUCUGGAUGACGGACUUUUCCACUGGCUCUGACUCAUCCUGCAAUGGCGGCAUAACCGUGGAAGAGUGCCAGGGCAUGAUUCAAAGGAGCCUCAAAUCUCCAGUAGUCAGAUUUUUGAGGGAACAUUUGGAGAAAGCUGGGUGUGGUGUGGGCGAUAAUUUCUUCAAAGCUGUCAAUUGCGAGACGCAAACAGCCGGUGGUUACACUCAGGGAAAAGGGAUAGUGCUGUGCAGCAAUCAAAUAAGCUCUGAAGAUGAGGUUAACCAAGUUCUGAUUCAUGAACUAAUUCAUGCAUUUGAUGACUGUCGUGCUGCCAACUUGGAUUGGUCUAACUGUGCUCACCAUGCUUGUAGUGAGAUAAGAGCUGGUCAUCUAAGUGGUGAUUGUCAUUUCAAACGGGAACUUCUACGAGGUUUUAUGGGUAUACGAAGGCAUGAACCGCUGAAUUCAUCUAUAUCUGACAUGAGAAGAAUUUACGUAUACACAGGUAGCUUUUUCCUAAACUGAUUGAAGUCGGGUUUGUUGUUAAGUUGUUUAGUAAGUUAAAAUGUAAUAGCUAAUUUCAAUGUUAGUGUGUUUAUAUAGUUUAUGUCCCUAAUCAUAGCUCAUAGGACUUCAUUGAAGAUAAAGACAAGUAGGAAACUAAAAGAAAUGUAUGCUUUUUUCCCUGCUGAUUACUAAGUAAUCACUUGAAAAUUUAAAUUUAAUGUCCGGCAUCUAUUGCUGAAUCUUAGAUUGCCAUCUUGAAUCCCACUCACCAAACUGUUUGGCUGAAGAGCAAGAUCAGAUCUUAUAUACCUACAUAAAAUUUUUUAUUAUCAAUGGAGUUUAACUGUUCUUUAUGGCAUCUACUAAACAUCUCCAUUGCAUCUUUUCUGCUCAGGCAUUUAUGUAGAAAAGCUGAAUGUAAAUUGAUUUUCCCAUUUGAAGAAUAUGUAGUGAUUACUGCAAACUAUUCUAUUCUUUUGAGACAAUGGUGAUCUUUGGUCUCUAAAUUAUGAGCUACUCUUAUUCUUGUGCCUAAAGUAGAAAUGGAUUCAAACACACGCAAAUAUUCUAUAAAAGUUAAAAUUAUUCAUGAAAACAAAAUUAAACUGCUAAACAAACACCAACAGCAGUUUAGUUGAGUGGUAGGUAAGCUCAUUAGUCUCUGAUCUCGAGUUUGAGCCUUGGAGAUGGAAAAAGAACUAAUGAGACAAGCAUAGUUCUUGAGCCAAAAUAGUCAAAUCCCAAAAGAAAAAACUGCUACACCACCUUUAAAACAUUUUCCUUUAUAUCUGAUUCAUCCACUGAUGGAGGAAAGAACUGUAUUUUCUAUUUUCUGAAGUUCAUUAAAAGGACAAACUACAUUGUUGCAUAACUUAUAUAUAAGGUUUAACCAUUGUCUUUGCUCCCUUGCUACUUAAAUGACUUACCCUUGCUGUUAAAUGAAAGCACAGAAUAUAUUAUUAUUGUUAUUGUUAUCAUUAUUUAUACAUUUUGCUUACUGUAACGUAUUCAAUUCUGAAUA